GAUUAUGUAACAUGCAAAAGAUUUAUAUCUUCAUUUCACCAUUUCAGUCUUUGAGUAUCUCUUCAUUCAGAUCUCAAUAUGGCUAUUGCAGCAGCAGCUGUAAUCGUCCCUAUGGGCAUUGUAUUCUUCAUCUCUGGCCUCUUCAUCAAUCUCAUACAGGCUGCUUGCUUUGUCUUAAUAAGGCCAUUUUCGAAGAACAUAUACAGGAGGAUUAAUAGAAUUUUUGCAGAACUUUUAUGGCUGGAGCUUGUUUGGUUAGUUGAUUGGCGGGCUGGUGUAGAGAUUAAACUGUACAUGGACCCAGAAACUUUUAGAUUAAUGGGUAAAGAACAUGCCCUGCUGAUAGCGAAUCACAGAAGUGACAUUGAUUGGCUAGUUGGAUGGGUCUUAGCACAGCGAUCCGGUUGCCUUGGUAGCGCAUUAGCUGUUAUGAAGAAAUCUUCAAAAUUUCUUCCUGUACUUGGUUGGUCAAUGUGGUUUUCUGAGUACCUAUUCCUUGAAAGAAGCUGGGCCAAGGAUGAAAACACGAUAAAGUCAGGUCUUCAAUGGCUACGAGAUUACCCUCAACCUUUCUGGCUGGCACUUUUUGUUGAAGGCACUCGCUUUACACAGGCAAAGCUUUUGGCUGCUCAAGAAUAUGCAGCCUCAGCAGGGCUACCUGUUCCGAAGAAUGUGUUAAUUCCUCGUACCAAGGGAUUUGUCGCAGCAGUAAGUCAUAUGCGCUCAUUUGUUCCAGCUAUUUAUGAUGUUACAUUUGCCAUGCCUAAAAGCUCACCAGCGCCAACAAUGUUGCGAAUCUUCAAGGGUCAAUCUUCUGUGGUUCAUGUGCACAUCAAACGCCACGAGAUGAAGGAUCUACCAGAAAAUGAUGAAGCCACAGCUCAAUGGUGUAGAGAUAUCUUUCUGGCCAAGGACAAACUGCUGGACAAACAUAUUGCUGAAGACACCUUCGGAGAACAACAGCUGCAGAAUGUUGGCCGUCCAGUGAAAUCCUUCGUGGUUAUUGUAUCUUGGGCAUGUAUUGUCUUAUUUGGUGCUAUAAAAUUCUUACACUCAACAGCACUGUUGUCUUCAUGGAAGGGUGUUGCAAUUUCAGCUGCACUGUUAGCUGUUGUUACACUACUUAUGCAAAUCUUGAUUAGAUUUUCUCAGUCAGAACGCUCAACACCAGCCAAGCCAAGUAUUGUUAAUCAGCAUUCAACAAAUGGACAACAAAAACAACACUAACACACAUUUUUCACAUCUGAAACAGAGAUUACACCUGCAAAUUUAUUGCCUAUAGUCCUUCAUCAGAAACAGAUUAUGCAGAACAAGUUACACGUCCAUUUCGAAUAGUUAAAGGGUAAAAUUAGCCCAUAUCUAUGCGUAAUAUUAGCCUUAUGCAUGUAGUUUCUUACUUUUGAUAUUUAUCGUCUAUUGUGUUUCAGUUACAGCGUUAUUUUUUUGUUACUAUCUUUUUUCUGAAUACUCUGUACUGCUUUCCUUAUCAAUAAUAAUAGACAUGUUCUCUA